CACCAUAGAUCACUCAAUCAAUGGCAUCAUGGCCGGCUCAGGUCGAUACAGCUCCUGAUGACUCAUGUGCACAAGAAGCUCGUGCUCGUGUCGCACAUCACGCGGUACGAUCUUCUCCGAGUUAUCAUUGGGAUUUCAUUCAUCGGUUCUCGACGCUCAAUAGGUUGCUCCGAGUUACAGCUCUCUGCAGUAGAUUUAUUAAGAGGCUCUCAGGAGAGCUUGACUCGAUACCAGCAGCCUAUAUCUCAGUCCAAGGAAUGGAAGACUCACGACUCUUUUGGGUCAAGGCUACUCAAUCAGCGUACUAUUCAGAAGAAAUCUCAGUGCUCUCAAGACAAUCUCAACUGCCAAGCUCGCACCCACUCUCUAGGCUUACCGCAUUCAUUGAUGCCGGCGGUGUGCUCAGGGUGGGCGGUCGUCUUUUAAGGUCCAAACUCAUGUACGAGGCUAAACAUCUAGCGAUUCUCCCUCGUAACUCCAGGUUCUCAGAACUCGUCAUCGCCCAUGCUCAUAAGAAAACGAUACAUGGAGGCACUCAGUCGACUCUGGCACUCAUCAGACAACUCUACUGGAUCAUCGGAGGAAGAGCUCCAGUGAAGUCAUAUGUUCUCAGGUGUGUGUUGUGUGCUCGUUAUAGGGGGAUCCGUGCUCAGCAACUGAUGGGCCAACUACCUCUGGCGCGAGUCACUUCAUCACGCCCGUUCUCUCACACAGGCAUUGACUACGCUGGACCGCUCAGGCUCAAGACGUGGAAAGAACGUGGCUCCAAGACUCACAAGGGUUGGAUCUGUGUAUUUGUCUGUCUAUCAACUUCGGCAGCUCAUCUCGAUGUCGUUUCAGACUACUCAGCCGAGGGCUUCAUUGCAACUUACAGACGCUUCACCUCAAGGCGGGGUGUCCCGUCAGACCUCUACGCUGAUUGUGGCACCAACUUCUUGGGCGCUGAAGUUAAGCUCAUGCAAUGUUUCUCAGAAAGCUCUUCAGGACGUCGAGAAAUCUCUUCUGUGCUAGCUCAGGACAAAACACAGUGGCAUUUCAACCCGCCUGCAGCCCCCCACAUGGGUGGGAAAUGGGAAGCAGUAGUCAAGUCUCUGAAGGUUCAUCUCAGAAGAUCUGUCGGAGACACACUGCUCACGUAUGAGGAGACUUCCACACUCCUCGCUCAAAUUGAAGCCAUUCUCAAUUCCAGACCACUCGAACCGCUCAGCGAUGAUCCAGAAGAUACCUCAGUGCUCACACCAGGGCACUUUCUCAUUGGAACGGUACUCAACGCUGUUCCUGAAGGCUCAAUAUUAGACAUCUCAGCAAGUCGGCUCUCCAGAUGGCAGUUCAUCCAGCAACGAGUUUAACAGUUCUGGCGCAUGUGGUCAACUUAGUAUUUACAACAGUUACAAGCCAUCUCAAAGUGGCAUCACGCUCACAACCAGAUUCAGGUAGGUUCACUCGUUCUCCUUACUGAUGAGCGUUUGCCUCCAGGAAAAUGGCCCAUGGCUAGGGUGCUCAAGUUGCUGCCAGGGGAGGAUGGACUCACCAGGGUGGUAUCACUGAAGACGGCUACCACAACACUCACCAGGCCGAUCACCAAGCUCGCAGUCCUCCCAGUAGCCCCUCAGAAGACAGCAUAACUCAUCAUCAACUUCGUUGCUGAUGGCGGGCGGAAAUGUUUGGGAUUUCUAAUGCCCAAUCAGAACUCGCGAUAGUUGUCGCUCAAUGCAGACUCGCCAUAACUCAUUACGGCGGUUGAAGAAUCAUCUUGACGCCGGCUUGUCAGUCAGUCAUCUCUUUGCCAUCACAUAUACAAGUCGUGUCUUCUCAUUACAUUCUAAAAUGUCAUCAUUAGUUCUCUACAUCUCGUUCCAACUACACGUGUCACAGAAAAAUAUAAAAAACUACGAUGCGAAGGAUUUUCCUAUUAAAAUUAAGAGCUCAUAUUUGGUGAGAAUUUUUUUUAGGUGUCUAGCAAUCCAUUUUUCCGUAGAUCUUGUAAAGAAAAAAUAAUUAAUUUUUUUG